CCUCCCUUCUUCUUCUUCAUCUUCUUCCUCUCAACACUCUCAGACCCAAAAUUCAAACCAGAGAAACAAUGGCAGCCUCUCUCUCUACUCUCACACUCACCACUCCUUCUUACGCCGCAACCACCUCCUCCUUCCCCUCCCACACUCCCAAACCCUCCCUCCAAUUCCCCUUCUCCCCUCACCAAAACCCCACCCUCUCCCACCGCGCCACCCACCUCCGCCCCGUCGCCGCCGUCGCCGCCCCGGAGAAAAUCGAGAAGCUCGGCGCCGACAUCUCCAGCCUCACUCUCGAGGAGGCCCGCGUCCUCGUCGACUACCUCCAGGAGAAGCUCGGCGUCUCCGCCGCCGCCCUCGCCCCCGCCGCCGCGGUCGCCGCGGCCCCCGGCGCGGGCGACGCGGCGGCCGUGGUGGAGGAGAAGACGGAGUUCGAUGUGGUGAUUGAGGACGUGCCGAGCAAUGCCAGAAUCGCGGUGAUUAAGGCGGUUAGGGCUUUGACGAGCUUGGCGUUGAAGGAGGCCAAGGAGCUUAUUGAAGGGCUGCCCAAGAAGUUUAAGGAGGGAGUGUCUAAGGAUGAUGCUGAGGAAGCCAAGAAGCAGCUAGAAGCGGCUGGAGCUAAAGUUGGAAUUGUCUGAGAGGAUAAGUGCUUUUCUUAGCUAAGUGCUUUUUGUGAUUUGUUUGUACUAUUUUGUGCGUUUUGGAAAUCUGUUUAGGGGUAAAAUGUGAUUGAUAUCUUUUGCUUCGGAUUCGAUUUCAAUGCAUUUGGAAUUGUAAUUUCUAAGGAGAAGAGGAGUUGGUUACUUGUGGCUGUGUAGCUUUUGGUAAUGUGGUCUUGGUUGGUAUGAUUUUGGUUGUGUGGAAAUGUAGAUGAUGGAUAGGGUUUAUGAUUUGAAGUUGGAACUAGGAGAAGAAUUGCAUCAUGUUUUAGCAAUGUUCUAAAAAUGGGGUGCUUCACCGUUAAUCCUGCCUAGGCGCUAGGCGGUGCUUCACCGUUUCCGUCUAGAGAGCUAGAAAACCGAUUAAUCCCUGAUUAACCCGUUUAGAGUCACCGGCUGUCCGCCCGACUAGCAUCUAGCGUUUUUUAGAACAUUGUGUUUUAGCUACUUGAUUGGGCGGUGCCAAAUGCUUUCUGUACUUCUAUAUACGCUAAUGAGGAAGAAUACUAGCA